UUCUGCGCCCAACGACCACUUUUUUAAUCACCCCCUUAACCCCGAACCGCGAAAAAAAAGUAGUGAAUGGAUAGGGAUAGAUGGUGCAGGAAAGAAACGACGGAAAAAAGAGACAUUUUUAUUGAAGAUUUUCGAGGGUAGAUGCAGAUAAAUUAUUACAGAUAAACAUGAACAGCGCUACCAAGGAUAUAGACAACUCAGAUUACUCUCUAAAAUGGAACAACUUUUCCGAUAAUUUGACCUGUGGUUUCCUGUCUCAUUUAACCGACAAGGAAUUAGUCGAUGUCACGAUUGCUGUGGAGGGCAAACUACUGCAAGCUCAUAAGCUUGUUUUGUCGGUAUGCAGCCCUUAUUUUAAGGAGAUAUUCAAGGUAAAUCCUUGCACACAUCCUGUUGUGGUAUUAAAAGAUAUCGGCUACGCAGAGGUCGAGGCUCUGUUGAGGUUCAUGUACAAAGGCGAAGCAAACGUUAAUCACAGUGACCUUGCUUCAUUUUUGAGAGUCGCAGAGGUCCUCAAAAUCAAGGGCCUUGCCGAGGAUGAGUCCAAGUCCGUUGAUAGGGUUGCAGAGGGCAAAGACACAAAUCUAUCUGACGACGUUGAAGAAGUGGAGCUCGACCUCUACGAUUGUCCAGUUACCAGCGCAGUCCAAGUGCAACCAAAACCAUCAGACAAAUGUACGGUCUCUGUGAAAAGACCGAACGAGUCGGGGACGAGAUCUUCUUUGACAACCCCCAAGAAAAGCAGAAUAUCACCGCCGCCACUAAGAGAGUUAGAUGCCUUUGGAGAAAGUCCUCGGUGCCUUAAAGCCAAAUCUGAACCACCAGAGGAUUACAAUUUACCGGAAACAUUACCCUACUUUGCGGACGAGCCGUUGGGAGAAUAUUUAAACUCUUCAAGGAGCACGUGCAAAGAUAUUCGGAAGGAGGACCCGAAUAGCGAUCUGGCCUGCAGAGAACAAGCAUCUUCGAACAGUUUGAUAUCUGAACCAUGUUCGCAAGGCGAAGAAGUGACACAAGGGCUCUUGUCGUUUCUGCGGAGUUCCAGAGGUAAUCUUCAACUGGCUCACGGUGGUCACAUCUUCACGGUACAUUGCAAGGCCGGUGUAAAGACUUAUUGGAAAUGCAUACACCGUUCAUUACUCGUUGUGGAACCGGUAACUUACAGACUAUCUGCUCGAGGUCGUCCGCAAUUGGUCCAUGAAGGAUAUGUGUAUAAUCUGACAUCUCGCUCCGAAGUCUUGAAUCGAUCCCAUUAUCGAUGCGCCGAACAACACCGUGGUUGUCGUGGCAAAUGUGCAGUCAUCGCCGAAAGGUUCAUGCCCACCGGAGUCCACGAACAUAAUCAUCCACCCGGUUACCAAUCCGAAUACGAGUACAGGAAGAAAAAAGGAUUAGACACAGAGAUUGUUUAAGAUCGGAGACCUUCGGGGGAUGCCUUCGAGGCAUGGUUGUUUUUCUAGCAAAACAGGAAGUAAUCCAAGGAGACCAGAACUGGGAGAAACAAACUAUGAUUAUUACCUAGAAUCAAUCUUCUCCAUAAUGCGUUUGGAGACUUAAUAAUUUACUCUCAUGUUCAGCAGUAUUUGCUACACAAUAAGGCGAUGGGGAGAAAGGUCAUGCCUGCAAAUUACCCGAUGAGCUUGACUUGACUUUAAUUACUUUAAUUUAUUUCGCGCUAUGUCGCUUCUUUCUGAGUUAUUAAGUUUGAAACGCGAUGUGAGAUUAUACACUACCUGUGACGAAGCUUGGCGAUAUUUACACAGGUUCCAUUCCUCUUUGAGUUCCAUAUACUAGUAUAUUAGGUAUUCGAAAUACCUAUACACAGAUGUAUGCAAGUGUUUCGUGUAAAUAGUUUUCAUCCGCAUUGUUUUUAUGAAAGAGUAUUAUUUAAAUAUCUCGCGGAUUUUGUUGAGUUUAAACUUGCGCAUUCCUUGAUCGUCGUUGGCGGAGAUUCGAAAUGGUAAUCACAGGCCCUGAUGCGCGAACGCGUCGUCUCUUACCAACAUUAAGAUGUAUCGAAAUUAACAUUCCAACCGAAGCUUCCGAAGUUAUCAUGUUACGUCAACGCAGUACUGUACCGGUUAAGUUAGAAUCGUGUUAAAUAAAGUCUCCACGUUGAUUUUCGUUUUCGUAAUUAAAAAUUAUCAAACGUUGAAAUAAAAUAUGUGUCCUAUGUUA